AUGAAGAAUCAAGUAAUCCCCAUAUUUGAUGGAGAAAAGUACGACUUCUGGAGCAUCAAGAUGACAACCAUUCUCAAGACCAGGAAGUUAUGGUAUGUGGUUGAAGAAGGUGUAGCAUCCCCACCAGCACUAGUGGAAGAAACCCCUGAAACGGCAAGGGCAAGAUCGCUUAGAGAAGAAGCGAUGAUGAACGAUACAUUGGCGUUGCAAAUCUUGCAAACUGCUGUAUCGGAUCAUAUAUUCUCACGGAUUGCAGCAGCAUCGACAUCCAAAGAGGCGUGGGAUGCAUUGAAGGAAGAGUAUGAAGGCUCUUCUCAAGUUCGUUUGAUUAAGCUUCAAACGUUGCGAAGGGAGUACGAGAAUCUGAAGAUGUAUGAGAAUGAAGACAUCAAGGUCUUCACAGAUAAGAUAGUUGAAUUGGCAAAUCAAUUAACUUAUCAUGGUGAACAGAAGUCGGAUGUUCAACUCAUACAAAAGAUACUCAUCUCUCUCCCAACCAAGUUCGAUAGCAUAGUUAGUGUGUUGGAGCAAACAAGCGAUUUGACUUCAACAAAGAUGACAGAGUUGAUCGGGAUUUUGAAGGCUCAUGAAGCAAGGUUGGCUGCAAGAGAAGAAAGCACCAAUGAAGGAGCAUUUGAUGCUCGUGUUAAGCACGGAAAUUCUGGUGUUACAUCAGACAACUCAAAGCGCCGAGGAAGCAAGAAGUGGUGUGGUUACUGCAAGAAGAACAAUCAUACCGAGAGCGAGUGUCUGAAGAAAUAG